AACAACGCAAUUUUCUUCUAAAUUCGUCAUCACCUUUGUUGUCUUUGAGGUUUUGCCAACAGGACAGGAAAUGUAGCUCAGAGAGAGACUGACGGGGAUACUGCACUGGUCAGUCACAGACUGGAAGCCUCUGUUAAGGGUGGUUGUGGCAUCGUUCGGGAACAUUAGCUCAGGUUUUUUUUUUUUGAAAAACGUCUAAGAGAGAUUCCACAGCUGAAGUGGAACUGAAGAAAAGCCCUGCCAGUGAACAAGCUAACAGUGACAACAUGGCUUAAAAACUCCAUGUCGGAGGUGAAGGAUUGGUGGAGAUGGAGCAGUAUUGAUCAGCACCAGCAGGAGCCUGGAACUGAGCUGUGAAAUUUGUAUUAUAUCCCAAUGGAAGGGACAGACAGACUGAGGGGCUGGGAGAAGCUAUCUUCUCAUGGAUCUGGAACAGAGGGAGAGCCCCCACAGGUCUCCUCUGAGGAACAGGGAACUGCCAGAAAUAAGGAGCCCCAAAAAUGUGAGGACUGUACCCCAGGCCCUACUGAUCCCUUGGCCCAGGAGCUGGCCCAGUGUGAAGAGGAGGUGGACACCUUGCUGAGGGUGAUAGCAGAGCUCAAUGGGAAGAUGAGUGGACUGCAGAAUCCAAGGUGCACACCAGCAGUCAGGCUGACCUCCAGCACUAUCUCCCCAGAAAACUUGGUCCAAGGAGAAGAGACAGCGCCAGCACCCAGCAGUCUCAGUCCAGGGUCUGAGUGCAGUCCUCUGUCUCAGUGUCCCCUCCAAGAUGGCGACCCACAGCCUGAGGUUUCACUUCCUGGACAAGGUGGCAGUGCUGAACUGUGGGAAGAAAUGCAGAGGAUCCUGACUGCUCUGGAGACUUCCGUUCACAGCAGGAGAACGUGGGCUGACCCAAGCACCGCCUGUGACGAAGAGAAACACGCAGAGCACCUGAGAGCAGCCAGGGAGAGCUGGGUCCAGGUCACCAAGGUCCUGGAAGAGAUGGAGAGAGAAUUUGGGAUCUCCUACCCUUCAGCACUGCCCCCUGAAGAGCGGCGACAGCUCCAGAGAGACACCCUCACCUACCACCAGCGAAACCACGACCUCCGGCAGAGCUUGCGCCAGCGGGAGGAAGAGAUCAGCCGGUCAAAGGUCAUGCUGAGCGGGCUGCAGGAAGAGCGCGACCGGAUGAAAGUGAAGCUGCUGGGUCUCCUGACUAGCCUGCAGAGUGCGGGCAGUCUCUCCCCUCCUACCAGCCCCUCCAGCUCCUCCAGUGGAGCCCUUAGCCCCUGCUGGACCUCGCCGACUUGCCCCGGAUCCCCCCAGCAGCCUCAUCGCCCAGGUCAGGCUGCUCCUGGCUCAGACUCUGCAGGAGAUGGAGCACCUUCCACCCCCUCUUCUCCCGCCGGUGGAGUGUCGCCUUUUCCUGCCCCCCAGCCUUCUAGAAUCGUCGGCUUCGAGAGCGAAACCGACCGCCUGCAGAGGUGCAUCGAGAGGCUGAAGUCGCGGAAUGACCGUCUGUCCGCGGCGCUGGAGAGGAGGAAAGGCGAGUCGGAGCAGAUCAGCAUGACACUGGGCAAACAUGAGGCCAACUGCACAGCCCUCCAGCUGGCUCUGAAGUACAGUGAAGAGUGUGAGGAGGCCUACGGCGAGCUCCUGUCACUGUACAGGGACAGGAAACGCGAGGACAGCAAGGAGACACCUCAGGCUGCAAGCUUUGCCAAGGAGAAAGAGCAGCCACGUGGCCCUGUCCAGGAAUGCAGUCGCCCCCAGACAGGGGAGUCCCCUAACUUAACACUAGGGGACGCUGUGGAUGAAGCCCAGCCUACAGAGAACAGGGAUCUGCCUGCUUCGGGAGAGCAGGAGAAGGAGAUUCGGGCCCGGAUCAAGAAGCUGCGGCAGGACAGGGCAGCGGUCUGCGUGCCGGAGCAGGAGCCAGACGGAGAAAGACGACCCAGCCCAGAUACAGACACCCUGCCUGGGAGCAGGGGCCAGGAAGCAGCAGGGCCUCACAGCCCCAGGAAAGAGAAAGCUGCAUUGCUACAGGAGUUAGUCGCUGUCAGGGAGGAAAUGUCAGAGCUGCGGGCGGAGAUCAGGCUGGCGGAGAAGGAGAGGCGCUGUCUGGAGUGGACGCUAACUGCUCAGGGGGCACAGGAGACGGCUCAGGAGCUGAUCGUGGACAUCCUGAGAGAAGAGCUGGAGGACAGGCGGGCCGGAGGGCAGAGAUCUCCAGAACUGGCAGAUCCACAAGUUCCCGGUACAGGGGUCUCAGGACCCCGAAAUCGGACAAUGCUCAGAGAGAUCCAGGCUGCCCUACUGCGGGAGCAGGCGCUGAGGAAACGAGUGGGGGCUCUGCGGGGCUCUCUAGAGGCCAUGCUGACAGAGAGCGCCACCCGCAGGCGACAGAGUGAAGGGCUGGCAGCGCAACUCACCCAGGCUCACAGCAGCGUGGCCGGCGCUUACAGGAACGCCCGCAGGAAGUACCGGGAACAGCUGCGGCAGCUGGAGAGGCAGGUGGCGGCGAUACUGGAGCGGCACAGCAGCCAGGUCGGGGGGCUGAAGGGGGCGCUGCAGGCCUUGGAGUGGAGGAAAGAGGAGACAGUGCUGUGACUGCAGCUCUGGCGCCCAGGUGCUGCACGCACCUGCACACCAGCAGGCCUGAGGAGGAACCCCACAGGCUGCAGUACCCAAACGGGUCCACAAGAGGGCAGUAUACACAUUUCUUUUAUUUGCAGCAGCAGGAACCCCCUCUCAGGAUGGACAGCAGGGGGUGGCUAGGAAGGGAGCUCCUGUUGGCAUCACCCCUGUCUUUCCAUCUGAUCCAAGAGAAUGUCAUGAACCGCCGAACAAACAGAUCUGAGAACUGCAAACACCCACACACCAUGUUACCUGACUAAAACUCAAGUUUUCCAAGUCAGCCAGCAGAUGUUUUUUAAACAUUUUUCCGCAAUAUGUAAAAACCAUUGAUGAUCCCAUUCAUAUAUGUAGUGUAUGCACUGCCAAUAAAAAAAAAACUUUAAAUAAAAAAUAACUAUACUUUA